AUGGUUCGCUUCGUGACACCUUUGCUCCUGGCCUCGCUGUCAGUGACCGCCUUCGCCGCGCAAUCCUGCAGCUCCAGCAGCCAGUGUGACGAGAAAUACCCCUGCUGCUCCCAAUAUGGUGAGUGCGGUACUGGUGCCUACUGCCUGGGCGGUUGCGACCCUCUUGCAUCGUUCUCUCUCGAUUCAUGCGCUCCUAUGCCCGUCUGCGAGGAUAAGACUUACAACUGGAACAACCUCAACAAUUCCGUCACCCAGGACAAGUACCUCGGUAACGCCAGCACUGCCGACUGGACCUACAGCGGAAAGGUGAAAACCGAGGAUGGCAAUCUGAUCAUGACCAUGCCUGCCAACAGUGUCGGUACUCUCUUCGCCAACAACCACUACAUCUGGUACGGCAAGGUUUCCGGAAAGAUUAAGAGCUCCCGCGGCAAGGGUGUCGUGACUGCUUUUAUUCUUCUGUCCGAUGUCAAGGACGAAAUCGACUACGAGUGGGUCGGUGCUGAUUUGACCGCCGUGCAGACCAACUACUACUGGCAGGGUGUUCUGGACUGGGAGAACGCCGGCAACAUCAGCGUGGAUGGCGAGGACACCUUCAAUGACUGGCACACUUACGAGAUCGAUUGGACCCCUGAGAAGGUCGACUGGGUCGUCGACGGCUCCGUGCGCCGCACUUUGAAAAAGGCCGACACCUACAACGAGACCUCCAAGCAGUACGAGUUCCCCCAGACACCCUCUCGCCUUCAAAUGUCGCUCUGGCCCGCCGGCCAGGCCAGCAACGCCCAGGGUACCAUUGACUGGGCCGGUGGUGAUAUCGACUGGAACAGCGAGGACAUCCAGACCGUCGGCUACGACUAUGCCAUGGUCGGCGAGGUCAGCGUUCAGUGCUACGAUGCUCCUUCCGACGUCACCAAGACCGGCGACAACGCCUAUAUCUACACCAAAUCUUCUGCUAUGGAGAGCGAUAUCUCCAUCACCGACAACUCCACCGUCCUUGCCUCGCUGGGCGCCACCGGUCUCGACAUGGAUCUUGGUGCUGACAAAUCUUCUGCAUCCUCCUCUGCGUCCAAUAGCAUCCCCACCAGCAACGGUGGCUCCGGUGGCAUGACCAGCAACAUCACCAGCUCUGGUGAAUCUAACUCCAGCUCCAGCUCUGGUACUUCCACCACGGAUAGCUCGGGGACUUCCACUUCGGGCUUCACCCAGGGAACCGCUACCCAAGACAGCGGUGCGGCCAGCCAAAAUGAGCGUGUCCUCCGUGGCUCGCUCUUCGGCGUCCUGGUGGCUCUUGUUGUCCUUGUGACAAUUUAA